AUGUCGGCCAAACACUUCAUCAACGACCCGACUCGCCUCGUAAACACCGCCCUCCACGCCCUGACACUCACAAACCCCUCCAUAGCCCUCGAUGCCGUUAAUAAAAUCGUCUACCGCCGUCCAGGCCACGUCCCUCAAGUCUCCAUCAUCUCAGGCGGUGGCUCUGGCCACGAACCCUCUUUUGGAGCGUUCGUGGGCGCCGGACUACUCUCAGCAGGUGUAGCAGGCACGAUCUUCGCCUCGCCCAGCGCGGAGCAGAUUCGGAAAGCCAUCAUGUCGAGAGUUGACGGGGAAAGGGGGAUUCUGGUCACGGUCAUGAACUACACCGGCGACGUCCUCAAUUUCGGGAUGGGGGUUGAGAAGGCCAAGGCCACGGGCCUGCAAGUCGAGAUGUUGGUCGUCGGCGACGAUGUUGGGGUCGGGCGUGCUGCCGCCGGCAAGGUUGGACGGAGGGGCAUUGCGGGAACGGUGCUGGUGCAUAAGAUUUCUGGGGCCCUGGCUGCACGAGGAGCUAGCUUGGAGGACGUGUAUAAGGUUGCGAAGCUGACUUCCGAGAACCUGGUUAGUGUUGGCGCGAGUCUGGAGCAUGUGCAUGUGCCGGGGCGGACGCCGGUUGAUCCUACUUCGGAGGAGAAUCUGAAAGCGGGAGAGGUGGAGAUUGGGAUGGGCAUUCACAACGAAGCAGGCAGUGAGAGGGCGAAAGUUGAGUUGCCGGAGUUGGUGAAGACGAUGCUCUCGCAGCUGCUGGAUUCGGCGGAUGAAGAUCGCGCGUUUUUAAAUGUUAAUUCGAACGAGGUUGUGCUUUUGAUCAACAACUUGGGCGGUGUCAGUGUUCUUGAGCUUGGGGGUAUCACGGCAGAGGUUGUUGGGCAGCUGGAGAAGAGCUACAGCAUCAAGCCUGUGAGGAUCCUGGCUGGGACCUACAUGACGAGUCUGAAUGGGCUGGGUUUCAGUAUUUCGAUAUUGAAUGUUGUGAACACGAAUAUUGGAGGACCGAGCAUGAUCCAGUUGCUCGAUGACCCAUCUGAAGCCGCCGGAUGGACAGCACCAAUUCGAAAAGAGACCUGGGAAGCAAGAUCAAGCGAGACAAGAGAAGGCGUUGACGCCGAAGAAGAGCAAAUCACGCCAAGUGAACUGAAGAUGGACCCUGAGACUACGAAGAAAGUACUAACAGCUGGUCUGGAACGUCUGAUUGCUGCUGAGCCAGAUGUCACCCGAUACGACACAGUAGUCGGCGACGGCGACUGUGGCAUUGGACUCAAGCGUGGAGCCGAAGGCAAGUCCACGAAACAGCCCUUACUAUUUAAACACAAACACAUACUAAUAACCCACUCAGCGGUUCUCGCCCUGUUCUCCAAAGAUCCGCCCACAGACGACCCCGUCAUCGACCUGUCCAAGAUCGUACAAACAGUCGAGAACUCAAUGGACGGCACCUCCGGCGCCCUCUACGCCAUCUUCCUCAACUCCCUCGUCGCAUCUCUCCGCGCUCUUCCUUCCGGCGCCCUCAUCCCUAAACUCCUCGGCACCGCCCUCCAAUCCGCCGCCACCUCCCUCUCAAAUUAUACGCCUGCCCAGCCCGGGGAUAGAACUCUAGUCGACGCGCUGCAUCCGUUCAUCAAGACGCUGGCUGAGAGCGGCGACGUGAGAAAGGCGGCGGAGGCAGCGAGGAAGGGAGCCGAGAGCACGAAAGGGAUGAAGGCUAGUCUGGGCAGGACGGUUUACAUCGGCGGUAGCGGCUACGAGCAGGUUCCUGACCCGGGCGCAUGGGGGUUGAGUGAGUUUUUUCUGGGAGUUGCGGGCGUGAAGGGGGGCGACGAGGGGUAUGAAUUUGUGUAG